ACGUGUUCCAAAAAGAUUUUCUAAUAUUUAUGAAUGCGCCAAAUAUAUUUUCGAGCCGUGCGUUUCUUUUCUGCUCAUCGGAUUUUAUGAGUUUGUUUGGCUUGUGGAAAUUGCAUUGACCUAGAAGUCAUAUUGUUGUUCUUUCGGUCUCUUGGGUAUUUUGAUGUCUUUGGAAUACCCUGCAUUCUGAUUCUGAUUCUGUUUUGGCUUUGCACAUUUGUCUCCCGCGCUCCCGUACGACUUUCUGUUUUCUCCGUAUAUAUUGUGAACAUGAGCAUCGUUAUGAAUUCCCCGAUUUUCCUUUUUGUGUGUAUAUUUUCAAAUACUUGCCACUGUGCAUCCGAAUCGGGCUGUCUGUAGAAAUGUGUGUGAGUGGGAGACUGGGGAGCUGGCUCCCGGCUGCGAUCGUGGAAAGCCCAUGGCCCAUUCCUUGUCCGUCGGUCGCCAGCGCCACGAGGAACGGGAAGCGCGAUCUUAAAAAAUAUUUAAAAAACUUUUCACCCCGUGUCCCCGUUGCUCAAAUCGAACAUACCCCCAAAAGCGAAAGUUCAGUAUUCAAAACGCAAUUUAAUUUGGCCAAAACAAUUCGAGGCAAUCGGAGACAAAGGCGCGAUCUCGGCAGCGAAAAAUAAACCUGAAAACAUAACGAUUUCGAACGCGUGCCAGGCGGUGGGCGGUGGGCGGGGCGGCGUAGACGCCGGCAGCGGCAGCGACGUCGCUGUUUUAUAUGAUUUUCCGCUCGUAGUGCUCGUUUUUUUUAUUUUUUAUUUUUUUUUUCGAUUUUGCCGGCUGUCGUCGUGAGCAGAAUGCCGCCGCCGGCUCUCGGUUCUGGUUCUCAGUUCAGUUCUGUUUGAGUUUCUGGCGACGAGUGACACACACAGAGGGAACUAGAAAUAAACGACACCGAAAAACGAAACAACACUUAGUUGUACUGUAGAUUCUCACUGAUUAAGAAACACGAAACACGAAGCACUCACUUACACACACACCCAUAUAUAUCUCACACACAAGGAAAACUGCAUUAGUUCAGAUCGAGCGAAAGUGCCGUAGACGAUGCCCAAUAACCGCAAUCGUAAUCGCAAUCGCAAUCGCAACAAACGCAAUCGAAACCAAAAUCAAAAUCAGAAUCCGAGCCAAAACCAAAACGAAAACCAUCAGCAGCAGGCAGAAGGGGCGGAGGAUCGGGAGGAGCAGCAGGAUUUCGAGACUCAAAUCGCAGUAGCGCAAUCUUCUUCCUUCGUAGAUGAUAAUGGAAAUUCUGGCAGCGUUUCAAAUGGGCCAACGGAAAACAGCGAAGAGGUGACGAACACUCUUGAGAAAACCGAAAAAAAAGAAGAAAUAUUCGAGCAACCAGCCACAGUCAUCCAAAAAGAAGCAGAUUCAGACGCAGAAAUGGGUGCCAAAAAUUCAAAACAUCGCAAGGAAAAGUCCGAUAAGCAGGCGUCUAAUGGAAAAGCUGAAGAGCAGGUGCGUCCGCCUCCCACCAUUAUUAGAAGGCCACCCGGCAGCCCCCGGCAAGCCAAGGUCAUAGUUCAUCGAAUUGUGAGGGAAGAGGACACGGCCAAUGGUAAAGCUCAAUCACCAGAGCCACCCAAAGCCGUAGAUCCUAAGGAGCAGCACUUGGAGGUCGAGGAUUCAAAGGAGCAGCAACCUGAAGCUCAUCAGGAGAUUGAAACUAAGGAAGAACGGGAAAAUGAACCGAGUCCAAAGGAACUUUCUGAAUCUAGUCAUCUUUCGGAUGACGCACCGCAGAAACAUGUCGAAGUUGAAGAGAAUGAACCAAUUUAUGAUGAAGUGGACUACUCAAAGGAUGAUUCCACUAACAAGAUUCCACAGCAAGAGCAACAUGAUCCAAAGGAACCGCAGCAAUAUGUGUUGCACCUCGAAAAGGCAAUGGAAUUUGUAGAAAAUGCACAUCAGCAACAUGUUGCUGCCGUACAAAGUUAUCAAAAACAAAGAGACACAGAGCAAGACGCAAAGCAGCAGGAGCAAAGUGAAGCACAGCACCUUCAGGAAUCAACUGAAGCGCAUCAGCAACAUGUUGCAGUACCACAUAUCCUUGUAGAUCCCAAGGAGAAACAAGAGGAUGAUGUGAAACAGGAACCCAUUUUGAAUAACGCCCAACAGCAAUUUGAUGAGAUUGCACCAAAAGCCCCAAAGGAAAUCCAAAUAAAAGUUCAAUUUCAAACAGAAGAUCCUCUUUCGCAGCAGCCUCCUCCACAGAAGCCCACCUCCAAGGUGAUUAUCCACCAGAUACACCUCGAAACCACCGACGAAGAGCCAAAUGUCAAGCCUACUUUCGAGGAGGUUAGCAGCACUACCGGUUCUCUGGCCGGAACUCUAUCUCCACCACCCCGUUAUUUGGUGGAGUCGCCGAAGAACGUGUCAAAUGGCCAAUUUUCGCGCUUCUCGCGCGAUGUGCAAAUCCAGGAGAUGGAACUGAACAGCGACUGCAGCUCCGGGGAAUUCAAUUCCCUGCAGUCGCCGUUGGUAUGCGAAGUAGAAUCGGAAUCAGAGGGAUCGGUAGCCUUGGGACCCGAGCGAUCGCCGUCGGAUCAGCAGGUGCCGUCCAGCAGCCGAGUGGAGCAGCAUGAGCAGGUGCGCCAGAAACGUGCCCAGUAUCGGAACGCUUUGGAAUCGCACUUCCUGCCGCAGUUGCUCAAUCCCCGCUAUCUGGACAGCAUCCUGGAGGAGAAUGAAUGGAGAAACUCCACCGCCUCCUCUGGCGGAAGCGAUCAGACGGGGAUCCGCACGCCCAAGCUGAACGAGACCUUUCCCAAGAGUCAGUUGGACUUCAGCCGCAGACACAGACGGAGGGAGGAGGCCCCAACGCCUCUUAAGCUCGAAACCAGGCUGCUGGAGGAUUUAACCGAUCUGGAGAGCUGCACCCGACUGCAGAGCACCCUGUCUCCACAGUCCGAAGAUGCAGAGCUAGUUUACCUGAGCUCCUCGGCCUCCAGCAGUGUCUCUGACCUCAUGGAACUAGAACUAGAGCAGGCUGCCGCCUUGGCGGAGAGGGCCCUCGUGGACUUGGAUACGGAUGCCAGUCGGUUGAUUGCUCGGCCGGACGAUGAGAUGAGCAGCACAAGUACCACCACUGCAGACAGGAGCGAGACGGAAGCGGAAACGGAAACGGAGACGGAGAGAGAGGGCGAGCAGAGUCGCGAGAGCACACCUGUUAACGCCAACCCGACGCUCACCAGUUCGCAGUCUUCGCUGCUGAGCGCCGCAACGCCGACGUCGACGCCCACUCCCGCCGAUCGAGAACAAUUAGCAAAAGAUACAAAUGUAUCUGGUGGAUCGACUGUUAGUUUCGGGGCAGCAUCGCCGCUAGCGGCCACGCGCGAGGAGUUCGUUCGCAAUAUGGACAAAGUGCGCGAGUUGAUCGAGAUGACGCGGCGCGAACAGGAGCAAGGUGAACUACCGCGAUCGCCGUCGCCGCCGCCCGUUCCCCCGCCUCCCGCUUCCGUGCCACCCUACAGUCCCGAGUCUUCCUCGUUCCACCUAGCUUCCUUGCAGCUGAAGCGGCAGGAGUCUAACGACUCCCACUGCUCCGACAGCACCACCCACAGCCAAUGCACGGCCAUCAACCUGGCCAGUCCCCCACCGCCACCCACUGCUCAGCCACCCACACCGCCUCUCAGACAAAAGCCUGCACCACCACCCGUACCGUCACCCGUAUCACCACCCGCACCACCCACUCCCCAAUCAGAGCCAGAGCUUUCAGUUGCAGAUUCGGUUGCGAAUGCAAAUGCGGAUGUAGAUGCAGAUGCCGACACUGAUACGGAAGCAAUAAAGAAACUGCGCCUGCUGUGCACCGAGCAGUUGGCUUCCAUGCCCUAUGGCGAACAGGUGCUCGAGGAGUUAGCCAGUGUGGCCCAGAACAUUGCCGACCAAUCGCAGAACAAGAUGCCCUAUCCCAUGCCCCAGUUGCCGCACAUCAAGGAGCUGCAGUUAAACGCCAAUGAAAGCAAGUCCUCCUCCGCCUGGCUGGGUCUGCCGACCCAGUCCGAUCCCAAGCUAUUGGUCUGCCUCUCGCCCGGCCAGAGGGAUUUGGUAAAUAACCAAACGCAACCGGAUGACCUGCUUGAUGCCCACCAGAAGUUCGUGGAGCGUCGGGGAUACCAUGAGUUGUCCAAGGCCCAGGUUCUCGAGCAAGACCACCAGCAACAGCAGAGUGAGAUGCUCAAGACGGCGGCCAUGAUGCGCGAGUUGCGCAAGAGCCUCUCGCCGCCGGCGCCUCCUGUCCCUCCGCCGCCGGUACCGCUGAAGAGCGCCGAAACGGCGGCCAAGGCGACCGCUCAUGAAAACGCCAAGAGAGAUGACGCAAGCGAACAAAAGCAGAAGAUCGCAGCAUGCGAAUCGUCAUCGCUUGAAAAUAAACCAAGGCAAGCAGCUGAUCUUGGUGCUCAGCAGUCGGCAGAGCAACGCCAGAGCAGCAGCACCACCACCUCCAGCCACAAAGCGACCACAGAGACCAUGUCCAGUGACACCGCCAAGUUUCCCACGCUGGACAGCAUGGAGAGUGAGCUGGCCAGGAUGUUCCCCCAGCACAAGGGCGACAUUUUCGAGGAGCAGCGCAAGCGGUUCUCCAACAUUGAGUUCCCCAGCCACCAGCCCGUCAGCCAAACCAAGCGGUACUCCAACAUCGAGACAAGCAGUUACGAGUCCAAGAAGCGAAUGGAAAAUGGUCAGGUAGUCUAUGAUGUGAGCACUUCAAGUCACGAGAAAAAGGAGCAGGGUGAUCCCCCCAAGGACCAGCCCGUACCACCCGUUCCCCCGCCGCCAAUUAUGUCAGCAACGAAAUUAAACGGUAACACUUUCAUUGAUGGAGACGUGGCGCCCAAAAAUAGCCAGCCGUCGCGAGAGAGCGGUAGCGGCAGCGGCAACGGUACGUAUGAGGAAUUUCGGCAGCGUGCCAAGGCCGCCGCGGAUGCUUUUGGAGAUCAGCGGGAGCAGCAAAACGGGCUGGAUCAAGACCGCGUGUUCAAGGACUUCGAUAGGCUAUCGCAGCAGAUGCACGCCGAGCUGCAAAGCACCCGGGAAAAGCGGGAGAAGUCCGCUUCCAUGUACGAUCUCAGUGGCUUCACGCGACCCGCGACGGGUCAUCCGAGAUUAGAUGAGCUGCAGCAGAGAAGACAUGCCCACAUGCAGGAGUUGGAGAGAGAAAUAGAGCGGUCGGCAAAGUCGCGACAGGAGCGAAUGUCCUCGGUACCGCGACAAAUGGAGGCCACACCACCGCGAACUCAUGAGAUUCCCAUUGAGCUGGAGCCACGUUCCCGACGGGCCGAGUCCCUGUGCAAUCUUAAUGAGCCACCACCACGUCCGCACACCACCGUGGGUCACUAUAACCAUCCGAUGGCACAGGAUGACUGGUCUAGGUAUGCCAACGAUUUGGGAUACUCGGAGAACAUAGCACGACCCUUUGCCAGGGAGGUGGAGAUUUGCUAUCAGCGGCAGAAUCAGAGAACACCACAUUGCAUUAGGGCUCCCCGCCUCUCCGCCAGCACUAAUGAUCUGAGCAGCUCUAGUCAAUAUAGCUACGAUACCUUCAAUGCUUAUGGUGGCAGAAGGACCCAUGCCCCCAUGCUGAACCAGGCGCAACAGCAACAGCGUCCUCAUUACGGCAGCUGUUACUCCAUGAUCGAGAGGGAUCCCAAUCCCAGGUACAUAAGUACCACCUCGCGAAGAGGCGUGAGCCCAGCACCACCACCAGUUGCAACUCCGCAACAGCAGCAGGUGCCACCACCUGCCUAUGAUCGCCAGCAGAGGAGAUCCUCGCUGCCGAGGGAAUUGCAUGAACAGCAGCUGAAGUACAUACUAUCCAAAGAGGAGGAGCUCAAGUUUGAAGUGGAGCGAUUGCAGCAGGAGCGCCGUCGUCUAAUGGAGGAAAUGCAGAGGGCUCCGGUCUUGCCUGCUCCUCAGAGGAGGGAGAGCUACAGGCCCGCCGCCAAGCUGCCCACUCUGAGCGAGGAUGAGGUAUUUCGGCAGCAAAUGGCCGAGGAGUGGAUGAACAAGGUGGCUGAGCGGGAAGAGCGUCGUCAGCACAAGAUCAUACGCAUAUCGAAGAUCGAGGAUGAGCACGAUCACUCCGCCGUAGACAAGGCGACCAUAAGCGAUGAAUUCUUGGAUCGGGUGAAGGAGCGGCGUCACAAGUUGUCCAUGCCGGCGGACAGCGAUUGGGAAAGUGGGGCAGAAUCCCAACCCCAGCCAGCCGCCCAAUCCCAGCCAGAAUCGGAUGUAGAGGCGCCACCAGUACGCAUACUGGAGGGCCAGGCGGAGGCCAAUCUCCGCCAGCUGCCACGGCACCUGCGGGAGUUCGCCAAGUUCUCUACCAGCGAACAGUUGCCGGAUGGCGCCCAAAUGGAGCGUCACGAGGAACAGGAGCGCAGGGAGGAGGCUACCGACAAUGCGCACAGCAGUGCCACCAAGAAGACGAGCAUCGUGAAGACGUACAAGGUUUCCAGGCUACCGCCUUCCGUCCAGGACAGAGCCACCGCAUCCGAGGAGGCGAACUCAGCGGCAACGGGAAUGGGUGACCGGCUGCGACCACGCCCACCCAAGCAGACGCGCUUCCUCCUUAACGCGCAGCAGCUGCAGCAGCAGAGGCAGCGGCGCAGCUGGUCGGAAAGCGAUCUUCUCAAGGAGAUCGACAGUGAACUGCAGCUGGCCAAGGGCUUCCUCUACGCGAAUGUCUACAAAGUCAAGCACGAGUAUAUGAGCGAACCGGAGACGGGCAGCGAUCGUCCCCGGAAAAUGGCACAGUUAGGGCGAAGGCAGUACGACGGCAUCGGUCCGGUGACCAACGAUGGAAUGCCCAUCAUCCUGAGAUCGGAGGUCAAGGAGCCGCAUCAGCAUGAGUGGUACAAGCGUCUGUAUCAGACGAUACACAAGCAGAAGAACGGCGAUGAAUUCGUGAUUCGCUACAAGUGUCCUAGAGCCCGUCCGUCGUACAAGAGCAACGGAUACGUCUCAGAGCCCGAGCCCAACUACGAUUCGGAUUACUCGACGUUGAGGUACCGCACCCAGAAUCCGCACCGCGUUCAGUCCGUCUCCUCGGCUGUCAAUGUGCGCAACCUUAAUCAGGACGAGAAGUUGUAUGGUACUAUGCCAAAUCCCAUAAAAUCAGCGCAAAACUCGUAUAAGAAUCAGCCAGGUCGCAUCGAAAACUAUACGACAGGUCAUUCGUCUGUUUCCGAAAAGGAAAAGAAGGAAUGGUGGGACGAAGUGAUGGACAUCUUUAACGGGAAUCUAGAACAAUCGAAACUAUCGCCAUUGUACACUGAAGGUAACUUGUCCAGAGCUUUGGCCAAGGAAUCCGGCUAUACUAGCGAUUCCAAUCUGGUCUUCCGUAAGAAGGAGGUACCCGUAAGCAGCCCCCUUAGCCCCGUUGAACAAAAGCAGGCUUACAAGAGUCUCCAGGCAGGCGGAGAACCUCCUCUGCUCGGCUUCCGCAAACCAGCGCCCGAGAAACCCCGUGAAAUUUUGGAGGAGUUCGAAUUCAUACAGAUCACUCCCACGCUCACAAAGAUUCGUGUCAGUACCAAGGAGCUGGAAGAGGAAGUGGAACCCGUGAGAAAAGCAGCAACACCGCCGCCUCCGCCUCCGCCGCCACCACCACCACCUCCUCCUCCUCAACAAUCUUGGGCAACGAGCAGGGACCAUAAGCCCGUAAAGAUGUUCUCCCAGCUAUCGAAGAAUCUGCCCUCGUUCAUUCCGUUGAGCAAGAAGCAGCAAUUGUCGCAACAGGAUGACCCAGCCCCAAGGCCGCCCCAUCGAAAGUCCAGCUGCACGAAGAGCACUGUGCGAGUCCUGAGCUCCGCCUCAAAGUCCAGGCAUGAGCAGUGCUUCCAACCGCCAAAUGGAACUGCCCCUGGGGUAUCCACCAUCACCCUGCGGAAGGUGGCCACUUCGAGUUGUUCCCGUCGUGAACCCAUCUGCCGAUCGAAGUCGGCGGGAGCGGUGUCCACCCUUUUGCAAACGCUUACGGCCACCAAGGAGACCCGACUCACCCGUCGGGUUCAGCAGCAGCAGCAGCAAUCGCGUUUGAGGUCCUCGAGUCCUAGUAGACGCCCCGCUCGUCUUCUGGCCCUUCGUCAUUCCAGCCGAAGUCCUGUGGCCUUUGGCAGGAGCAUAUCGAAGGAAAGAAGCUUCGCUGAGGAGAAAAAGCGACUGGAGAACACGCUGCCAGCUAAUCGCACCAACUUUGAGGCCAGUACCAAUAUACUAAGGGAUCCCUCCUUGAAAUCCCCCCAAGAGGUGAGGGAGGCAGUGCGUUCGUAUGCGACGUCACGCAGCAAGUCCUUGCCACGACUUCGUCAUACUACAGUGAGCACUACCACAAGGCAGACCAUGUGCUUCCCGCAAGUGCGACCCCAGACUCUUUUGGAUUGCGGAACUCGGUCGCUGAGGAAGUGCUCCUCGAAAGCAGGAAAAGGCCAAGAAAAUAACGGAUCCAAUGACAGCUUGCCGAGAAGUAACUCCACCUUCUCCAUUGACUCUAUGGUGCGUCAGGAAAUUGUGCCCAUAGCACCGCCCAAGACAUAUGUCGGGAAGUCUAGAGGAUCACUCUCUAAAGCGCUGGUUCCACUCCAGAACAGUCGAAGCGAAGGUCACGUGCCAAGAAAGCGUCAGUCUGGCAAAAGCACCACCAAACCACCGCCACCAGUGACUGUUCACUCCUACAGCGAAUCAGUGAGGGAGAAGACCAACUUUUGGAACGAGUACAACGCCAAGCAGGCCAUGUCCUUGCCGCAAGAGUACAAGUUCUGUCCGGAGGAUGUGUGUGAUUUCGAGAGUCAUACGAUCCAGCAACCGUGUAUCGAGGACCUAGUGUGGAAAUAUGAGGGCAAGGAGCAGCGUUCACCGAAACAAGUCACCGUGACGGACAUCGCUCGUCCCCAAUCGCCACAAUUGAGCCAGGAGCGUCGCUUUUCGCCCACUCGAGAGGUUCGGGUGCCCCAAAUCAGCCGGGAGGUCAGAUCUCCGUCUCGUCGCCGCAUCGAUAGCCUGCGUUCCAAGGACAAAGAACAGUCCUUGGCCAGGGCCAGCAGCCUUAGCAGCGCAGAUGACCGCAAGAGGGCUACUCCAGCUCCUUCAAAUGGACUUUACCAAUGUGGAGAGCUGGCCCACAGUGCCACGUCAUUGACUCACCUGGAACGCCAUAGUCCCAGCUGUCGGUAUCGUAACAAUUGCGAGCGUUUCACUGAAUUGAAUCGCUUCUACAGCACUUUGGAGCGAGUGGGUCAGCUGGAGAGGGCCACGUCCUCCAGCAGUUUCCAUCCCUUGAGAAAGGAUGCUGAGCUCCUGGACUUUGAUGAAUGGCGCCGGGUGCGACUUCAUGAACGUGCGGAAAAAGAGCUGCAAUAUUUAGUUGGAAAGCUACGAGAUGACCAAAAGCAAAGGGAUCUUCACUUUCGUUCAAAGGAUGUAGACUCCAUUAAGUGGCGUCAAGAGGCCGACCAAUCGCUGGUUGCCAAGAAGAAGUCUGUGGAGGAUCUACGCGAAAACUUUGAGCAGCUGAAUCUCCUCAGGCAGCAGCAGCAGCUCCAAUCGGAGCCAGUUCAUCGCCAUUGGAGACGCAACACGGUGGCUGAUUUGGCCUGCGGUCUGGAGCACCAGGCCUCGGCGGAACCCGAGAUGGAGCGUCACUUGGACAACGACUUAGUGAGCACUUUGUCCAAGGAUCAGAUUAAAAAGAUAACCCAGCAGCUGAACGAGAUCUACUCGGGCAAUCGCCAUGCUCCAGCCGUCGAAGAGCAGUAUGUCGUGACCGUAGAGAAGGGCUCCCGUCCAAAUGGUCUGAAGGUACGUUGCAACUCCACCAUCUCCAAGGAUCAGCUACUGGGACCAGUUCAACGUAAGCGAGAUGAACAGCACUUAAAUCAGACUUUGCCUCGCCCCACUCGCAGUCAAUCUCCGGUUCUGGUGGCACGAGAAACCCGUGGUGCCAUUGCAGCCAAGAACGCAGAGUUGACCCUGACGAAACCGCCGGAUGUGCCACCAAGACCCAAGCCCACACCAAGUCAGGAGGUUAAGAGCAAGCCACCGCCGAAGGCGGAACCAAAAGUUGAGACUCGCGAACCGGCCGAAGACAUAAGCCAGAAGAUACAGUACUUCGAGGAUCGCCAGUUCGAUGAGCCGCCCAAGACCAUCUACCACGCUCGCGAAGAUUCCUCGCCGGACGAAGCUGAGGUUAUGCGACUUAUCAAUCAAAACAUGCAAGAACGUCAGAGAGCCAGGCAACUUCACCACCACCAGGAGCUGAGUAACUCAUUGACCGAUUUGAGCGGGGUUUUUGGGGAGCGCCCUGCGGCCCGGGUAAAUUUUCACUUGCACAGCCCGCCCGACCGUCCGCCCGACGAUACCGAGCUUAUCAGCUUUGGGAACGGGUCACCGGAUCACGGAGACGGCAGUCUUGAGCUCUACUCGGACUCCUACUAUCGGUCGCGCAGUCUGUCGCCCCAAUCGCAGGCCUCCGCCUGCUCCAGCUCCUACUUGCAGAGGGUGUACACCGGCGAGGUGCGGAAGAUGCGUCAGCACUUCGAGAGCAUUCAGCAGUCCGGCGAACAGUCCCGAGAGCCAUCCAAUGAGCGGCGUGAUUUUUUUGGGCUUAGCUCGCUGCGGAGGGCGCGCAGCGAUCCCGAAAUGAGUGCGGGAUCCAAAGACGCCCCGGACACCGUUACGGAGGCGGUGUCGAAGGAGGACGUGCCUCGGCUAACCCACAAAUUCGAGUUGAGGGCAGCCACGCCAUCGCCGGAACGAGGAAGAAGGCGUAUGCGUAGCGCCCAGGACCGCCUAAUGCCCCACAUCGAUAUCAUCAGCAAGACAGCGGCCUUGAAGAGAGAACUACCCAUUCCCGUUCGAUCGAGUCCCACGAGGAGCGUUAGCAGCAACAGCCAUUGCUUCGAGCGUCUGAGGAUGCGCUACCAGUCACCGGAGCCGCAGACCCAGAGCUAUUUGUCCACCUCGCAUCCGGAUAUGCGGGAUGUCCACGACAUAUCGCCCCAUCUGAGUGCCGAUUGGGUGGCUCACAAGCACCCAGAACCGACGAAGCCCAAGGACCUGCCCAAGAAGCCACAACGAGUGGUGAGGGCGAGCUCCACUUCUCCACCUCGACCAGCAAGAUCGCAAAACCACCAGCUGAGCUCCCGGCUAACUAGCUGCAUGAAGGAUAUAUUCGCCAACCAGAAGUUCGAUCCCAAAAAGCAUCGUCCCAAGGCCCGAUAUGUUCCCGAUGGUGCGGAGAAUGGCAAUCAGAAAUCCAAGGAUAAUGGCACUUUAGAGCGCCUCAAGAAGACAGCCAUGGUGACCUUUAAAGAUCUCGACCCGAACGCGCCCCCCAUUCCCCCACAGCCGCCAGUCAAGGGUCUCUCCUCCUACGAUUUCCCGUACAGCACCGACACCGUCGACGGAUCAGACGUGAACAUCCACUUCAAGACCCCCAUCAGGCAUGAGCAUCGCCAGAACUUGUCGGAAGAGGAACUAGCCAUUCGCCAAGCGGAGCACAUGCAGAAGCUCUACCACGAGGAGCGCCGUCGCAAGUAUCUACAGGAGCUGCAGGACAUGAAUUCGCGCCGCCACACGGACAACUUCACCCCGUCGCAGAAGUCGCCCAUCGCCCUCAAUCGCUACGAUGACUUCCCCACGGACGUGACCCUCAAGUCGCUGGUGGGCCCCAAGACGGUGGCCCGGGCUCUCUUCAACUUUCAGGGACAGACCUCCAAGGAGCUAUCCUUCCGCAAGGGCGACACAAUCUACAUCAGGCGGCAGAUCGAUGCCAACUGGUAUGAAGGCGAGCACAAUGCCAUGAUUGGACUGCUUCCAGCCAGCUAUGUUGAGAUUGUCAGUCGAGAUGGAGCCCGUACCCCAUCCAAGCGGCCAUCGGAGGGUCAGGCCCGUGCCAAAUACAACUUCCAGGCCCAGUCGGGCAUAGAGCUCUCCUUGAACAAGGGCGAAUUGGUCACUUUGACGCGCCGAGUGGAUGGCAACUGGUUCGAGGGCAAGAUUGCCAACAGGAAGGGCAUCUUCCCGUGCUCUUACGUGGAGGUACUUACUGAUAUUGGUGCUGAAGACAUUGCGGCCAGGACAACCACCGUGAUCACCAGCCAGAGCACCACGAAUCUGCGGCCCAAUCUCGACGUGCUGCGCACAAACAUCAACAAUGAGUUCAAUACGCUGACGCAAAAUGGAGCACAGCCACCGAACGGAAUCCUUAAGGAAACGCGGACACUUCAUAAGACAGACGCCCUCCAUGUGGACACCAGUUCCGAGCCAUUGGCAUACCGCGCACUGUACAAGUACCGGCCCCAGAACUCCGAUGAACUGGAACUGCUCGAGGGAGAUGUGGUCCAUGUGCUGGAGAAGUGCGACGACGGAUGGUUCGUGGGCACCUCGCAGAGGACCGGCUGCUUCGGCACAUUCCCCGGCAACUACGUGGAACGGGCCUAGAGGAGAUCGAUCCAAUGAUCCAGCCCCGGAGCGGCGAUCGUGCCUAAUCUUAAUGAAUUUGUAGUCUAAUACGAGGAGGAAUCAGCGUGGCCGGGGCGAAGGCAGUUCUAUGAUUAACUCUGAUUUGGUUUUACUGGAUUAUUUUAUGUUGUUGUUGAAUAAUUCUUAUCCCGCUAAUUCUGCUGCUUUCGUUUUGCCGUAUUUUAAAGCUAUUUAUUUAUUUUUAAACAGAGCAUUAAUUUUAUCAAUGUUGGAAUUACGUUUAUAUAUGACAUCCAAAUAUUAACCAAAAGUUGUCCCCUCCACCUCCCCCACACCAACACUCCGACACCCCGAUCACCCAAAACACACACACCAAAUAUCGAAGGACCUUAAUUAAGAUCAUACAUACAUAUGUACUUUGUCGUUUACCUACUAAUUUUAACUAGUCACAGCUAAUUUCCAAAAAGAAAAUCAAUUGCGAAAAAGAAGAGACCGUUGAACUAAAGUGCCUUAAAGUUGAAAUUUAAAUGACUAAAACGAUAUAAAAUGUUUCAAAGUGCUAAGAUUCAAGUGGCCUUGUUGAGUCGGCAGAGUGGAUAAUUACUAUUGAUAAUUAUGAAUAUUAUUUAUGAUAUUGUCGUGUCCGAACCAACAGAAACCAUUUUAAAAUCAUUACAAAAAGCGUUUAUUACACAGACACUGUUGCAAGCGUAAUUAGUAAAUAAAGAAGAAACUAAAAAACAAAA